AUGUUUAGAAGCUUGAGAGUGGCGGCGUCUUUACGAAAUGCGGCAAAAAGACAAAUAACGGGACUGUCUGCACAUAAUACAAGAAGUAUAAGUUUCAGCAGUGCCAAGUUUGCAGCAGAAAAGACAACAAAUGAGCAAAAGAAGGGCACAUCUGAGCAGAAAUCAAGCGAAAAAGAUGCAGUUACAAGCGGAGAAGAGCCCUUAGAGUGGUCAUUGAACAGAGUGGACAGAAAGUUGAGAAAAGCAGCAAAAGCUGCAGGUGAAAAGCUCAAUGAUGCAUUUUUGAUCAACAGGCCUGAUUUGUGGAAAGGACUUCCAGAUGAGAUGAUCGUACGGUUACAUAGGCGCAGGGUGGUGAACCUGGGUAAGAACUUCAAGCACAACAAGGACGAAUUGGAGGCGCUUUUGUCAACAGCUCACGAUCCUGCAGAAGCUGCAUUUAUUCAAAAGGUGUACUACGAACCGGAAUCGCAACAGUUUGACUCUGAUAUCGAGACAGACUACGAGAACUACAUGACUGAGGGUGAGUUCAUGGAAGAUUCGUAUGAGCAGAAUGAGAAUGACGAACUUCCAACAAAAGCUCAAGACAUUCUUCGUGAUUUUCACGAGCAGCUAGACUUUAACAGAAAAGCAGCAUACGAGUUACCGGCAUUGGCAAAACUCAGGGAGAAAUACGUCCAUCCGUCCGAAACAGACAAGCCCAUUGUCUUGAGAUACACUUCAUACUUGGGAGAGAAGAAUCCAGCUUCCCGGAAAGUUGUAAUGAUUGUCAAAGUGAAGAACUUGCAGCUUGCUGAGUUGGAAUCUCACAAAUUAAAGCUUCUUGCUGGCCCGAGGUACGAUUACACAACAGAUAUUCUUCGAAUUAGCUCCGACGGGUUUUUGGAACCUGCACAGAACGCUUCGUACCUCUCGGAUAUCCUAAACAACUUGAUUUCGGAGUCGAAAGCCGAUCCUCAAGAGUUUGCAGAUGUUCCUUUGGAUACAAGGCCUGUGGACAAGAGAAAUAAGAAAAAGCAGCACAGAAACAAAAAGCAGUACAAAUUCCCGGAGCAGUGGGAAAGACCAAUACACCCGGAGGACCGGAGGGUCGAAUUGAAGACCUUACUGCCUUUUGAGUGA